AUGUAUUUUCAUGGUUCCCGUCGAGGGGCGCCACUGGAGUCCCGGGUCCUGGUGGAUGGAGUCCGCGUCCGCGUCGGGCCUACGAUCAAGUGUCUGGGCCUGACGUUGGACGGCCGCUGGAAUUUCGAGGCCCAUUUCAGGAGCCUGGUCCCCCGCGUCUGUAAAGCAGGCCUGGCAUUGGCCAGCCUGAUGAGGACCCAGGGGGGCCCUGGAUGGCACGCUCGCCGCCUGUAUAUCGGUGUGGUGCUUUCGAUCACCCUCUACGGUGCGCCCAUAUGGGCGCCCCGACUUAUAGACACCGGCCGCAACAAGAGUUGCCUGCAACAGGCGAUGCGGUCAGUGGUCGUGAGGGCGAUUCGUGGGUACCGCACCAUUUCGUAUAGGGCGGCGACGGCCGUGGCUGUCUCCCCCCCCGUGGAGCUUCUUGUCGAAUCAAGGCACACCCUCUAUUGGAGGGUGAAGAAGCUCCGCGAGAAAGGGGAAGGUCCAUCGGCCAGGGACCUGAGGGCCUUGGAAUCCUAG